GUCGGCUCAGGCUCCUCCAAGCUCAUCUACAAGGCUCGCUGGCGGCAGCCGCACGCCAGCACCGCUGACGUGGCCAUCCUACGUAUCCGAGGCAGCAGAGCCACUGCCAGCAGACAAGCUCUCGAGCAGGAGGUCAAGACCUGGCACCAGCUGGGCCGUCACCGCAGCCUGCUUGGCCUCCUUGCCGUCACCGUCGAGCCAAGCUCUGGCGACUACUGCCUGGUGACUGAGUACGCUUGCCAGGGCUCUCUCGAGAGGACCUUGCACAGCUUCGCGGAGGAGGAGGAGACGAUGGGCGAGCUGGUGCAGCUGGAGGUGGCGAGGCAGAUCUGCGACGGGAUGGAGCAGCUGUCGCUGCACGAUGUUGUACACCGGGAGCUGGCGGCGAGGAGCGUGCUUGAUCACCUCGGGGUGAGGGUCAAGGUAGCCGACUACGGGCGAUGGAUCAUGGGCUGGCGCGGUGACGGAGUGAGUCGGGUAGGGAGCGAGAGCUCGGCAGGCUCGAGGGCUGGACGGGCGCGAUGGAUGGCGCCGGAGAGCUUGCUGAGACAUCGCUACUCGGAGAAGAGCGACGUGUGGGCGUUCGGGGUGACGCUGUGGGAGGUCUGGACUUACGGCAAAGUCCCUUACUGGGCCAUCACCGACGAUGAGCUUGUAGGACCCAAGGUUGUGGACGGGGAGCGACUAGCGGCUCCUGCUGCAUGCCCUCCAGCAGUGUAUGCGAUCAUGCGAGAGUGCUGGCGGGAGAAGAUCAAGGAGCGGCCG